UAAUUCUGUUUUUAACAAGUUACCCAACGGCUAGAGAAGCAAUGCUGGUUGCCUUCAACGAGAGCAUGACCAAAGGAGAUUACGCUUUUAUCAUAUGCAUGAAAGAUGUCGAUGAAGUCAAGAGGAAACUCAAGCACCAAUUUAAGUGGUACAUUUCGCAUUACACCGAAACUCUGCAUACUACAAGGGACGUAAAAAAGGCGCUCGAUGCAGCGCUAAUUCUUGCGCCGAAAAUGCCAGCUGUGUCAUACGGUGCAUUUGUCGAUCGCCUUCGAACAACAAUGGGCAAGGCUCCAUUCUAUAGUAGUGCUUACAUAGGAAAAAUCAAUGGAACGCAUAUGGACAAGUCUCAAAGCCAGCCACCUCCUUGGGGUGCCAGAGCGUAUGAUGCUGUCAAACUGUAUGCACUUGGUUUGAACAGAUCCCUUCAACAGGGCAACUCUAUCCGGAAUGGAAAGGCUGUUAUCGAUAACAUUCGCUCGACUACCUUUAAAAGCAUUCUAGGGCAUGAUAUUUACGUCGAUGAAAAUGGACAGGUCGAACUUAAUUACACUGUUUUGGAUAAAAGAGGAGACCUUAUAGAGCAAGUUGGGGAAUUCGUCUUGGAACACCCACCUGUCACCAACAGUACAAAGGUUAAAAGAAAAGUGAAGCUGGUGUUAAAGAAGGAGAUACAAUGGCCAGGAUUGGGCAAAGCUCCUCGUGACAGCCCCGCAUGUGGGUUUGAUGGUGAAUUUUGCUUGCCUCCUCCGCAGAAGGAAGACAAAAAGGAUCAUCUUUUUAUGGCUAUUGCUGUAGCGCUGUCGAUAGUGGCAAUCGUGCUUUUUAUCAUUCCAGUUGUUAUGUACAGGCAAUACAGACUCGAACGCGAGCUUACAAGCCAACUUUGGAAGAUUGAUCCGAACGAUCUGUACGUUUAUGAUGGAAGAGCUCCUUCGUGCUCAUCAUUUGGAAGCAUCACAAGCAACAGCUGGAGCAUAAUGGAGAAAGGGCCUAGAGAAAAAUUUACAACGGUGGCCAUCUACAGGGGAACUUUUGUUGCCGUGAAGAAAAUCAACAAGCGCACUGUUGAACUUAGCCGCAACGUGUUAAUGGAACUUAAGCAGAUGCGAGACAUUCGACAUGAUAACAUAAACAUGUUCAUUGGAGCGUGCACAGAGCCUGGAAAUGUCCUUAUUGUCACUCAAUACGCAACUAAAGGCAGUCUGCAGGAUGUUUUAGAAAACGAGACGAUAAAACUAGACAAUCUCUUCAUUUUGUCGUUGUUGUACGAUAUUGUCAAGGGUCUCCUGUAUCUAAGCUCCACUGAAAUCAAGACCCAUGGGAACCUGAAGUCGUCCAACUGCGUGAUUGAUAGUCGCUGGAUGUUGAAAUUAACUGAUUUUGGUUUGUAUCAUUUCAAAGUGGGCCAAGAUGACAGCGAAAUGUCAACUAGAGAAUAUUACAAACGGUUGUUGUGGUGUGCUCCAGAGCGCCUCCGGUCAGAGCCCCAGUCCAUUCAGGGUAAUCAAAAAUGUGACGUGUACAGUUUUGCUAUAAUUCUGCAAGAAUGCCAUACAAGAGAAGGAGCUUGGAGUGGCACCUUUUUAGAACCUCAAGACAUUAUAGAGCGUGUGAAAUUCACCGAAUGCCCGCCAUUUAGGCCUCCAGUACCAUAUCUCAUAGAAAAAGUUGAAGGGCUGAGGGACCUCAUGAAACGAUGCUGGUGUGAAGAGCCGGAUGAUCGGCCUAGCAUCGUUGAAAUCAGAAAAGAAAUUGAGAAUAUGAUGGCGCACAAUGGAUUGAAAAGAAACAUAUUUGACAAUAUGAUUUAUAUGAUGGAGCGGUAUACUGAAAACCUGGAGGAGGUUGUUGAAUGUAAAACUGGUGAAUUAAUGGAAGAGAAGCGGAAAACGGAGGCGCUAUUGGAGAGAAUGCUGCCUAUUACUGUUGCUAAGCAGCUGAAAAAGGGCAAGGCUGUCGAAGCUGAGCAUUUCAGCGAUGUGACGAUAUACUUCAGUGAUAUUGUCGGUUUUACGUCACUCUGUGCCGAAUGCACCCCUAUGCAGGUUGUGAAUAUUUUGAACGACCUGUACACUCUAUUUGAUGACGUGAUCAAAGUGUACGAUGUAUACAAGGUUGAGACGAUAGGAGACGCAUACAUGGUUGCAUCUGGCCUCCCAAUUAGAAAUGGACAGCAACACGCGAAGGAAAUCGCAUUGAUGUCGCUGAACAUUUUAUCCGAAGUUAAAGACUUUACAAUUCGGCAUAAACCAGGCUACAAACUAAAUCUAAGAGUUGGUGUUCAUACAGGCCCUGUAGUCGCUGGGGUGGUAGGCACAGUUAUGCCAAGGUAUUGUCUGUUUGGGGAUACUGUCAAUACGUCAUCAAGGAUGGAAACAACUGGAGUUCCGCUCAAAAUACAUAUAAGUGCAUCAACUGGGAAGGCAUUGCUUGCCUUAGGUGGCUUUCAACUUGAAGAGAGGGGCGAAGUUUUCCUCAAGGGUAAAGGCAGUGUCACCACCUACUGGCUCCUUGAUGCCGAUGAGUCUCUUAAGCGAACCAGAGGGACGGAAGACGACAAGCCCAAAUGUCACAAUGCAAAAAUUGGUAGUCAGUUCUCGAUGGCGUUGCUACGCAACUCUCCCAGUCUCCGUGCUAAGCUCCUUACCAGUGGUCUAAGCGGGACGCCUAGAGGCACGCCAAAAGAUUCAGUGAACAAUUCCCCGUCGAUACUUAAUUGUACCACGCGGAAAAAGAAGAAAAUGGAGUUUGAUACCGUGGUAACUGCAGAGCGAGUGCAGUUACUUAAUUCCAGUUCUCCAAUAGGUACGAAUUUAGAAAACGGAGAGACUCCGGUGGAGGAAUUUUCUAAGUGCUGAAUCAUUUUAAAUUGUAAAAUUUUUGGUUUUAUAGCUCUGAAUCAUUAGUCAGUGCUGACCCGCAACACUAGGAACAAAAGGAGCUGUAUAACAGCAUUUGGUUGUUAGAAUGAUAUCAAUAUUUAGGGAUUUUCCAGCGGAUGUGCAUCAGUUCAGCCUUUUCGUUGUAAACCUUCUAAUGUCGAUUGCUUGAACAGGCGUUCUGUAAAUAUUCUUCCUUAAUUACCUGCCGGGUUAACAAGCUUCAAAGGCAACUGCCUUUAGGAGUUCUUUCAAAUGGUAUUCAUUUUUACUGAUGUUAUCCAAGUGGCAACAAGCCAGUCCUUCAUUACGGCUGACCUGCUGCUGGUUUCCGUGCUACUAAUCGUAAUGACGUGGGUUAAUUAUAGUGGAGCUUUAGGUUACUCGCACGACUACUGGGGACAAUAUUUGAUAUACUGUAGUGACAGGAUUAUCACUAGUUACCCCGAUUCAAGAGUAUUUCUAUGGGAAUGUCACAACUAUACCCUGGGUUGAUACUCCAGCUACUAAACCCAAUACGUGAAAGAUUGAGUAGGAGGUAGGUAUGUAGUUCAUAUAGUCAAGAAAUAGUACAUAGGUAAACUUAUUGUGUAAAAUGUGACAAUAUGAUGUAAAUAUUUAACUGUGUAUAACGUACAUUUUCAUUUCUUCCAUCCAAUUCAUGGUUUUAGUAUCAGUAAAUGAAUAGAAUUGUUUUGUUUUUUAAAUUUUUUAUUUUAAAUUUAGUAGAAAUUGGCCCUUCACCCUUAGUUUCGUAUUAGUUUCUUCUUAUUUCCCCUCUAAUAUGUCCCCUCGUAUAUUUGUUUUUAUUUGUCCCAAAUUGCAGCCAUCUCACUUUAUCUUUUCCACUAAAUCGAUCAACUUAAAUUGAUAAGGGCCACUUUGAUAACACAGGGUUCCAAUGAGCAUUCAUGCAAGUCAAUACACGUUGUAUGUAAUAAAUGCUAAAAUGUUUUUAUCAUGUAGUAUUGUGAUUUACAAAUUAAUGCAACUCC